AUAUAUAUACAUAUAUAUAUAUAUAUCGAUAAAUUAAAUCAAUGCGAAUCAAUAAAAAUUAAUGUGUGAAAGUAAAGGUGAAUUUACAUGAGAGACUAUUUUUGGCAAUGUAAAAAAUUAAUUCUCUUAACUGUUUGUCGAUGAUUUAUCACAAAUAAUGGAUUUAACAUGUAACACGGGAGAAUGUAAAAAGAAGGAAGAAGAGGCAACAACAGGAAAAUGAUAUUAUUCGUUUAGUAAUUAACGAAUCUUUUUGAUCGCGAAAAAGUUUUGUUUUACUAUUUUCUUUCUUUUUUUUUUUUUUUUUUUUAUAUCUAAAGUCAUUUCAUUUCUAAGUGAUCUUAAGUUCUUACGUAUCCUUCUGUAUUCGCGUGAUCUCUUUGAAUUCCAAAGGAAUUCUAUUUCUUUUUCUUCGUUUAUUUUUUUUUUUUCCCUUCCUUUUUUUUUUCUUUUUUUUUCUUUUUUACGUUGGCACGUGUGAUGUACGACGUGCAAGUGGGAAUUAUAAACGGAAAUGUAAACGAAAAUACGCGGUAGAAAAGAGUGGAAUAGAGAGGGUGGCGGGUAAGAGAAAAAUUAUCAUUAAGAAAGGCGACUCGAGUAGGCGGAUGUAAACAAAAAGACGUAAACAAAAAGGACAGCAUGUCGACGAAUCAUUUAAACGAGAAUAAAUAAAUGAAACAAAAAAAAAAUAAAAACGGGUCUAAGGAAAAACUGAAUGGAUAAAAGUGGCCGGUUCUAUUUUUUAUUAUUAUCAUUAUCAUUAUUAUUAUUAUUAUUCUUUCCUAAUCGACAAAAGUGUUGUUGUGAAAUUGUUAUAUAAAAAAAAAAAAGAGAGAGAGAGAGAGAGGUGGGAGAGGGAGAAAAUAGAAGGAAAGAGAAAGAAGAUACGAGCGUUGUUUAUAGUGAAAAGUAUUUACGUAGAAAAACUUGAUUAGAAGAAAAUGUGGUGGUUCUUGUUAUUGAUAUUCUUGCAAAGGAUGCAACACGUUCGUGGUGCGUGCGAGCCCAUAAGGAUAGAAAUGUGCCGUGGUUUGGGUUACAACGUGACCGCCAUGCCGAAUUUGGUGGGCCACGAGAUUCAAGGAGACGCCGACUUCACCCUACAAACGUUUAGCCCGUUGAUUCAGUACGGAUGCAGUGCUCAGCUUCAUUUAUUCCUUUGCUCUGUAUAUGCACCAAUGUGUACGGAAAAGGUACCUUCACCAAUUGGCCCUUGUAGGGGUUUAUGCGAACAAGUCAGAGCAAGAUGUUUUCCAGUUCUUCAAGGUUUUGGUUUUCCUUGGCCAGCUGCUUUAAAUUGUUCCAAAUUUCCACCGGUUAACAAUCAUCAACAUAUGUGUAUGGAAGGACCAGGUGAACCAGGUCCCGCUAAUCCUAUCCAGGCAGUCGGUGCCGGUGGUGGACCUUGGGGUUGUUCGUGGUACGCCAAAUCUGGCUUAUACGUAUUUCUAAAUCGUUCUGGAAGAUGUGCGGCAGCUUGCGAUGCCGAUAUACUUUGGUCGCAAAAGGAUAAGAAAGCUACGGAAGCUUGGAUGGCAGCGUUUGCUACGGUUUGCCUGAUUUCCGUCACUAUUGCGAUCCUAUCAUUGUUGAAGCCAAGAAAACAAUCUGCUGUUAUGAGUACGGCUGAGAAAGCAAUUACAUGUCUCGCCGUUUGUCAUGGGAUCGUUGCAGUAGGUUACGUGAUUCGAUUAGCUGCUGGAAGAUUGACCGUAGCUUGUACCCCUGCAAUCCCGUUACAUCCCCAAGAUCAAGCGGUCAUAUCUCAACAUCAACAACAAUAUUUGACCCAGGAUGGAUUAGCGAAUCCUUAUUGCGCUGUUGUCUUUCUCUUGUUGUAUUAUUUUGGGAAUGCGGCUAUCGUAUGGUGGGUCAUCGUUUGUGCAUGGUGGUGCAUAGUCGCGAGAAAAUGGUCGCGAACGGCUGGUAAUUGCAAGGAGGAUAGUUUCGGUCUACAGCAGGGGUUCUCAACCGUGGGAGCAGUUGCAGCAUGGGGACUUCCAGCAGCUCAUACGAUCGCCGUUUUGGUCACUAGGGAUGUCGAUGCUGAUGAACUAACGGGAAGUUGCUUCGUAGGACAACAAAAUGCCCGAUCACUUCUUGUUCUUGUACUAAUACCACAAUUCGUAUAUCUAUGUUUGGGUACAACGUUCCUUCUUGUCGGUAUAACGUCACUUCUGUUACCAAGACCAUUGGUAACACCAACAUCAACAACAACAACAACAACAGCAACAACAGCAACAAUUGCAACAACAACAACAACAACCACAACAACACAACAUCCAAAUCCAUUGAUCAGACAGAGAGAUUCGUCAAAGUCACCGGUUGAAAUACAUAGGAGACAUAAAAUAUUAUUAACCAGAGUUGGUCUCUUUGCUACCUUUUAUGCUGUUACAAUGUUUUGUUUAACCAGUACAACAUUUUACGAAUGGUGGGGACGUGAAAGAUGGCUCAGAGCACCAGAACCAUCAAGUUCACCAAGAGUACCGUCGAAACCUCUCGUACAGUUUUUCGUUCUUCGAUUAGUAGCCACUUUGGGUAGUGGCAUAAUUACAGCCGCUUGGAUUUGGUGGCCUAAUUUAAUGAACGUUUGGAGACGUUUACCACCGUGCAAACAACCACCUCACAAAUGUCAUCCCCAUGGAGUACCUGUACCUGUAGUACAUUGUUUCAAUCCAGGUUCGACAAGUCCAACGCCACAUCAAAUUCAUCAUCUUGGUCAUUUGGCUCCACCGCAGCAUACGCUUUUACAUCAACAUCAAAUAGUUGGUAAUUCAUCGUCCGGUAGUCAUAGAAGUCAUAAGAAACAUAGGAAACAUAGAAAGUAUCAUAGUGGUAGCGAAACCCAAGUAUAAAAAUUUUUAUUUUAUGAACAAUCAAAUUGAUAAACUGUAUGUACCUAUUUUUUUUUUUUUUUUUUUUUUUUUAAAUCUUUGCCAUAAUAGUUAUUUCCUUAUGAUAAAAAGACUGUACAUUGACAAAAAUGUACAAAAUGAUUCGCUCUUUUAGGAUCUAGAUAAUCCGGCGAAUUUUUUUUCUUUUUCUUCGUGUCAUUUAAUUUUUACAACGAGGAUGCAUCGCAGAUGAUAAUUAUGAUGCAUGAGAGGCUGAAUAACACAUAUCGUAAUAUUACGAGUCUGACGUGUAUUUUAUUUAUUUGGCAAAAAGAAAAAUUUUAUGCUUCGAGUGCAUAAACGAUGCUGUGAAUAGUUUAAGUAGAUUUUGAUUAUUUUAAAUACUAUUAAUUUUUACAUAUCAAGUAUAUAAAUAAGCAUUUAGGAUUUUCCUUAAUUUAUAUAAUUUAGUCUUUUUUUUCGUCUUUUUUUUUUUUUUUUUUUUUUUUUUUUUUAGGAAACCUCAUAUAAAGAUACGUAAAAGUAAAUUUAGUCAAUUUUCAAUUUCUUUCUUUUAUGUAAGUCGGAUACAAAAACAUACGAAAAUAAUCAAUAUAUAAUUGUAUGUAUGUGUGUAUAUGUAUAUAUGAAAAAUGUUAUUUUUUAAAAAUAUUUUUUACUUAUAUAUAUCUAAACCUACUACUGUAAUUUGUUAUACAUUAUUUACAUUAUAAUGUGUUUAAAUAAGUUCAAUGAUUAAGUUAAUCAUUAUCUAUUACGUGCCACUUGUUUCUUUUUUUUUUUUUUUUGUUUUUUCUUUUUUAGUUCCAUACACGCUACUACUUAUAAUAAUAACGUGAAUUAGAGCUUAAUUAGGUUUAAUUUAGUUCAAUGGUAUCGUUUUUACCUGAUUUGCGUUAAGCGCUAGCGCAUUUUUUUUUUUUUUUUUUUUUUUUUUUUAUAGUAAUGAAAAAGCUUUUGUAUAAAAUACCAUAAUAAACGAUUAAGUACAUUUAUAAUAAACUAUGAAAAUGUAUUAAAAAGAAGAAAAAAAAAUUGAUUAAUCGAGAGUAUACAAUUUUUAAUUUAGUUUUUUCUUUUUUUAGAUUCGUAAAAAGAUAAAAUAAAAAAGAAAAAGAAAAAGGAAAUAAUUUUACUAUUUGUAGAAGUUGUAUAACAUGGAUUUAAAUUCUACGCCAUUGAAGAGCAAGGUAUGAUUGCUCUGUACCACAGCACAAUGCCCGUCGCUUUUACAUAAUCAGGGUGUGGUAUUCACGGAAGUGCACAACCAUUACAGAAGAUAAAAAAAAAAAAAAAAAAAAAAAGAAAAAAAAACUUGAAAAUGAAUGCUGUAAAUUCUCUUCCCUUUAGUUUACUCUCUUUUGAGUUUUAAAUUGGAGCAUGUUGGCUUUUAUACAUCAAGGGCUAAUAUUUAAAGCACAAUAACGAAUAUAUUACUCUCCCUCUUCCUCCUCUCUAUCUAAAUAGUUUAUUUAUUUAUUUAACAAAAAUAAAUAAUUAAAACUUAAAAAAAAAUAAAAUUGCGAUUUAUAAUGCAAUCAAAACGUUAUCAUUCGUUGAGUGAACAAUAAGAAAAAAAUAUAAAGAGCUUUGUCGUAAUAGUAAUAAUAUAAAAAUUAUGAUAUAAUAAUGACUAUAUGAAGCAAAAAUUUUGUUUAAAUAAUAUAUGAAAUAGAAUUUUUUUUUUUUCUAUAUCUUCAGUGCCUUCAGUCUUUUAUCAAUUAAUUCCUUUUGUUGAUUAGUCAAUGAUCUAAUAUUUACUACUUUUGCUUUAUGAUCUGGCUUUAAUUCCAAUUCUAAUAAAGCAUCCAAUUGUUUCAAUUUUUGUUCGGCAUUACGACAGGCCUAAAAUAUUAAUAAAAUAUAUAAAAAUGUAUAAUAAACAAUAUGCAAUUAUAA